AUGUCUAUUCUCUCAGGUCACGUUUACAGCAUCGUUAGUAGAGGGCAGGUCAACGACACCAACGUUGCACUAGACCUCUUAGGCGGAAGUUCGGAAAAAGGAACCCAGUGUCAAAUCUGGGGUCAAUCGACCACCAAGGACGUGUUCAACCAGUUAUGGCUCAUCAAGGAGAUUCAAGGAUGGUCCUCCGCUGCUGGAUCACCAUACGAGAAAAAUCAGCAGUGGAAGUUCGUACCGAAUGAGCCUUAUUUCAAAAUACAGAAUGUUGCUAGCCAAACAUUUGUUGAUGUCUUCCAGAAGAACUACGCCGCUGGGACGAAGGUGCAUGGAUGGCAAUCCUAUGCCACGGAAUCUCAAGACUGGGUCAUCCGCCGCGUGAGCCGUACAGGCGAUGAGAUUAAAGCCGUCCUCUCAAAAAAUCCUCAUAUCACCAAGACAUGCAAAACCUACCUCCAAGAUGGAUUAUAUAUUACUCUUCCCAAAGGCGUUCGGGAAGAAAUAUACAGCAAAUCGGGAUUGAAAACCCUAAAAUGGAGAAACCAAAUAUUCGACUGUGAUGAUUUCGCGUUUAUCACAAAGGGUGAAGUUGCAAAGUGGGGCGCCCAGGAGCUGUUGGCAGAUGGUUUCGCUAUUCUGUGGGGAGUGAUGUUCGGUGAAAAAGGCACCAGCACACACGCAUAUAAUUUCUACUUGAAUGAAUCACUGGACGCUGUCGUGUUUUUCGAGCCCCAGAAUGGGCAAGAGAUGGCAGAUAUCGGCUACCAGGGAUACUUCUCAGUGUUCUAA